CAUGCUUCACAGUAAAUGAAACUAAAAGUUAGUCUGAACAACAACACUGCUGCAGUCAACACAAGUGCCUCUGUCUCUCAGCAAACAACUUCAGGCCUCCAGGUCAACAGUACAACAAAGCCUCUGAGUACAAACAUGGCAGCAGCCAGCAGUCUCCUCUCUGAGGAUCAAUUUCUGUGCUCCAUCUGUCUGGAUGUGUUCACUGAUCCAGUCACCAUACCAUGUGGGCACAACUUCUGCAAGACCUGCAUCACAGAUCACUGGAGUAUUAAUAUCCAGAGUCAGUGUGCCGUGUGUAAAGAGCUUUUUGACAGAAGACCCGAUCUUCGGGUCAAUACUUUUAUAUCUGAGAUGACUGCUCAGUUCAGGCAGUCAGUUCAAAAGACAACCAGCAUCAGCUUAGGGGAACAACAAGCCAACCCAGAGGAAGUUCUCUGUGACGUCUGCACUGAAACCAAGAUGAAGGCCCUGAAGUCCUGCCUGGUGUGUCUGGCCUCCUACUGUGAGACUCACCUGGAGCCUCACCAGAGAGUCACAGGCCUGAAAAGACAUACGCUGAUUGAUCCUGUGGAGAACCUGGAAAGCAGGAUGUGUAAGAAGCAUGAGAGACCUCUGGAGCUGUUCUGCAAGACUGACCAGAUGUGUGUGUGUCAGUUCUGCACUGAGUCAAGUCACAAGCUUCAUCAAAUUGUUCCUCUGAUAGAAGAAUAUGAAGAAAAGAAAGCUGAGCUGAGAAAGACAGAGGCUGAAGUUCAGCAGAUGAUCCAGGAGAGACAACUGAAGAUUCAAGAGCUUAAGCAAUCAGUGGAGCUCAGCAAGGAAACUGCAGACAGAGAGACAGCAUCCAGUGUGCAGGUCUUCACUGCUCUGAUCCAGUCUGUUGAGAGAAGUCUGGCUGAUCUGAUUGAGAAGAUUAAAGAGAGGCACAACACAACAGAGAAACAGGUUGAAGGCUUCAUCAGAGAGCUUGAAGAGGAGAUCUCUGAGCUGAUGAGGAGAAGCACUGAGCUGAAGCAGCUCUCACAUACUAAAGACCACCUCCUACUCCUCCAAAGCUUCACAUCCUUAAACCCUGCUCAACCCACCAAGGACUGGACAGAGGUCAGAGUUCACUCAUCAUGUGAGGAGACUGUGAAGAGUACAGUGGCUCAGCUGGAGGAGACACUCAGUAAAGAGAUGAAGAAGCUGUGUGUUAACAUUGAGCUGAAGAGGUUCCAGCAGUUUGCAGUGGAUGUGACUCUUGAUCCUGAAACAGCAAAUCCCCAUCUCAUCCUGUCUGAUGAUGGGAAACAAGUCAGUUAUGGUGACGUGAAGCAGAAUCUUCCCGACAACCCAAAGAGAUUUCUUUGGUAUUCUGUCCUAGGAAAGCAGAGUUUCUCUUCAGGAAGAUUUUACUAUGAAGUCCAAGUUAAAGGGAAGACUGCCUGGACUUUAGGAGUGGCCAGGGGGUCGAUUAACAGAAAGGACACCUUCAUCACAGUGUGCCCUAUGACUGGCUACUGGACUGUAUGCAUGACCAAUGGAAAUCAGUACAAAGCAUAUGCUGGCCCUUCAAUCUGUCUCUCUCUGAAGUCAGAGCCUCAGAGGGUGGGGGUGUUUGUGGAUUAUGAGGAGGGUCUGGUCUCCUUUUAUGAUGUUGAUGCUGCAGCUCUCAUCUACUCCUUUACUGGCUGUAGGUUCACUGAGAAGCUCUACCCAUAUUUCAAUCCUAGGCGUAACAGUGAUGGUAAAAACUCCACUCCCUUAACUAUUUGUUCCAGCAACGACACUGAUUAGACUAAUCGUAAAAGAGUCACUGUCAUGUAAAUGACCUAAAACACUUUCCUAUUCUGUUUCAGAUUGCUUUGGGUUAUGUAUGUGGGUGUGCGUGAGUAUUAUUUCUUUGUUUGUUUGUUUGUUUGUUUGUUUUGUCAUAAUAAUAAUCUGGUUUUAGGCCAUGUCAGAUCUUAUAAUAUCUACAUGUUUUUAUUUCUUUUUUUUAGGUUUGGGGAUUUGUGUUUGUAAUUUAUUUAAAAAACUAACACAAUUUGCUGGUUAAGUAUAUUUUACAGAUUAAUAAAUUGGUAGUUAUAAGCAUUUAUGUUAAUAUAAGAUGGUUUACUUAGGUUGCUUUCAUACCUAACCUCUUUGGUUCAGAUUAAACAAACUCAGGUCCAUUUGCACAGUUAGUACAGUUUGUUUUGGCUGGUGUGAAAGCUGUCAGUCGAACCCUGGUGUGGACCAAACAACCGAACCAAGACCGCUUGAAAAGGUGGGUCUAGGUCCACUUCCAAACAGACUCUGGUGCAGUGUGUUUGGGGUGUGAAAGAAAAUGAACCAACCACAGGAUUCUGUGAUAGCAGCUAUGGGAUUUUAGCAACAGCUAAACCAAUAGUAAAUCCAUUUGCUGAUCAUGAAAUCUGUCUGCUAUCUCAUAACUGAUCCUGAUAAAGUAAUAUCCCAUGAUGAUGAAUGAUUAAAAAGCUGUGCAAACUGCCAUGAUUGUAUCUAACUCCGCGUACUUUGUAGCUUUGUCUGUUCAUUAAGUCCAUUAAAAGUGUGUGACAGUGAUCCCACAGUUUUAAGCUCCAAAUCAUCACUGUGCAAGAUGCCUUCUUUUCAUCCUGUCUCUAUGUUAGUCAUUAUUCAUAACAUGCCAUUCAUUUGCAGUCUAAUAAUAGCCUACUAAUAAUGUUUACAACCACUUAUUUCUCUAUGAGCUCUUUGUGAAACCAAACAACAUAAAUGUAAACUCUUUAGAAGCAUUAAAGUGCUGCUGCAAAAACUUAAGUCAGUCACCAGAGUUUAAUUUCCCCAUGUGGGUCCUGAUGAUGCAGGAGUUAUCUGUCAGUUAGUAGAACUUCAUGUUUACUCCUCUUGCUUUGUUUGCAAAAAGUCAGUUUGAACAGGAACGAACCAAAACUAAAAUAAAACGAUGUAUCAUUUUUUCCCCUCUGGUCCAGCCCAAAUUAACCCAGCUACAGGUGUGUUCAUGUGCCUGCGAGAAAACUGCCUGUUUGGAACAGGCAGAAAAAAAGUUUUGAGUACUUCUUCUACCAUUGCCAAUAGCUAACCAACAUUCCCAGUUAGGAAAGAGUAAAAAGUAAAGCAAGUUAGUCUGGGGCCCCCAAAUCACUAAAUCCGCCCCUGAAAAACACACUCAAGUAGCCACUGCUCGUGGUCGGAAUCAAAGCUGAAAUAGGCCUACAAUAAGCGGAUGAAUUAAUUUCGAAAUAGCCGUAUUAGUCACUUGCUUUGACAUAACUGCUGCAGUUAUAAAUUAAAGUAUGAAUUUAACUAGCAGAAAUAUUUUGCAUUCAGUAACGUUAGUGUUGUAAGUUAUUAUGGCAAACUUACACACUUUAAGUUGCAAUGCCAGAGUGGCGUUUAUCCUCUUGGGUCUCCGCUUAAGCUUGUCGACUGCAGGGAGGUGAAGCAGAGGUUAGUUAGAAAAUUGGUAUAUCCAGCAUUUGAACUGGAGUCAGUGACUACAUGUUGCUCACUCUGCGGAGUCCUGUGCUUCCUUGGGUCUGGGAACAAAAGUGUUCAUUCCUAAAUUUACAUCACUGAUGCUUGAAAUGUUUGAUUAUGCUACAUGUAAAAUCUCUGGUCUCUUUCUUCAUCUGUUGUCCAAUCUACUGUAGCGAGCAACAGAGUCCCUGCUUACAUAAAGACAUGCUCAACUCUCUGCAGAGCCCUAAAGCCCUGCCCCCACCACUGCACUGAGACACACAGCACUGUUCCUUUGUUUAUUCAAAGUUUAUUAACAUUGCAUGUCCAAAUCGCACCAAAUGAGAUGCUGCACAUCCUUGGGUCCCCAGCAAUACACCCACCAAGUGUGAAGUAGAUUGGAUGAACGGUUCCCGAGAUAUGUGAAAGACAAACGUACCUACAUACAUAGAUUCCUUGCUUCAUAGUUAGAUAAUAUUUGCUAAUGAAUCUGAAACAAUUUCAUGUUUUACUUUUAUGUGUUGUUGUGCUUAUAAUUUUUGCUGUAAGUCUUAUGCUUCUAUAUGAAUAAAGAUCUUUGAGGAGUA